GCAACUCCUGUCACAAAUCAUCAAUCACCAAAACAAUGUCUUCUUCUCUUUCAGCACCAACAAUGCCGUUGCUUUCCCUCUUCCUUUUCUCGCUCUUUUCCUUCAUCGCCCAAGCCGCUGUUCCUCGCAACGCAACAUUCAAGUAUCUCAAUGGAGGAGAAUUCGGGCCGUACGUUGUUGAGUACGACGGAAACUAUCGUACUCUGCCCGUUUUCAGCUCCCCAUUCCAGCUCUGCUUCUACAACACCACCCCAAAUGCCUUCACACUCGCCUUGCGGAUGGCUACCACGCGCUCGGAGUCACUCUUCCGUUGGGUUUGGGAAGCCAACAGAGGCAACCCAGUUCGCGAAAACGCCACCCUCUCUUUCGGCGCCGACGGGAACUUGGUCUUGGCCGACGCCGGCGGCCGGGUCGCUUGGCAAACCAACACGGCCAAUAAAGGCGUUGUCGGGUUCAAAUUGCUCCCAAACGGUAACUUGGUCCUUCAUGACUCCAAGGGAAAUUUCGUCUGGCAGAGUUUUGACCAUCCAACGGACACCCUCUUGGUCGGGCAAUCUCUACGCGCCGGCGGCCCAGCCAAGCUUGUGAGCAGAGCUUCCGAAAGGGAUAACGUAGAUGGGUCUUACAGCUUGGUGAUGGAGACCAAACGAGUGGCUCUGUACUAUAAAAGGGUUCUCUAUUUCUCACCAUCUGAUUGGUUUUAUGUCCCAGAAAGUUACUUACAAUAUGUGAAGAUAUAUGCUUCCCCAGACACCGACGAGGGCUAUGCUUAUGACAUAGGCUUAGACUACCAAGUGGCAAACUCCUCAUCCUCCGGCAAUCGGAUUUUGGCCAGGCCGAAGUACAACAGCACAUUAUCAUUUCUUCGUCUUGGCAUCGAUGGAAAUCUCAGGCUGUAUACUUACUACGACAAGGUGGAUUGGGGUGCUUGGGAGGUGACAUACACUCUGUUUGACAGGGACUCUGCUGAGAGCGAGUGCCAAUUGCCCGAGCGUUGUGGGGCAUUGGGGAUUUGCGAGGACAACCAAUGCGUUGCCUGCCCUUUGUCAAAUGGGUUGGUGGGGUGGAGCAAGGAUUGCAAGGCCAAGAAGCUAACUUCUUGUGGCGUGAAAGAUUUUCGAUACUAUAAGGUUGAAGGUGUUGAUCAUUUCAUGAGUAAAUUCACGGCGGGAGAUGGGGUGAACGAGAGUGCUUGUGGGAAGAAGUGCUCGGCAGAUUGCAAGUGCUUGGGCUACUUUUACCAUGGGGAGAGUUCCAAGUGUUGGAUUGCUUAUGAUCUCAACACCCUGACAAAAGUCUCGAAUUCUACUCAUGUGGGCUAUAUAAAGGUGCCGAAUCACUAACAAGGCGAAAGUGGGGAAAUAUCUUGGUGUUAUUUGAUCAAGCUCUUGUUCCCUAUUAAUAUGUACUCAAUAUCUAAGGAGUUUUGGAAAGUUGUGUGUGUGUGUUUCACUUCCCCAAUCGGAGAAGAUGGGAUCCAUGAAAAAAAUAAGCUUGUUAUAAUGCUCAUAAAUUCAUAAUGGGGUUUUUAUUAUUA